ACAUCUGAGUGGGAAGGGUCCAGCCCUCCCUGACCCUGGCGUCUCCUGUGGUGGACGCCAGGCGACUGGGGCCUUGUUGACUUUGGGUGUUUGCUCGUGCGCUCGGCAAACACAGGGAGCUUUGGCCACAGCCACCAGGCCCCACCCGGCUGGGCCUUUGCUCCUGGCCGGCACAGUGCAGGCCGCUCCUGCUCCUCCCGAGGCGGCCGGGCUGAGCGGCGGCCUCCUCUCCUCCCGCUGGGCCCGGCCCUGGGGUCGCGGUUUCUCCUCGAAGGCAGCCAGCCGUCCUGGAAGCCCUGGCCCAGCAAACGCCCCGCAGGGCCACGACCGGGAUGGGACCCUAAGGUCUCAUUCUCAGCCUCUGAGGUGGUGGGGUGUCCAGCUCGGUGUCCCCAGCGUGGCAAUUUGCCAAGAGCUGGGCAGGUUGGCGCUGCUCUCCAUGGACGGAUGCUGCCCUCGGCACAGAGCGGAGACAGCCCUGGUCAUCGCAGAAAGGCUGAGCGGGGCCAGCGCUCAUUCUGUGGCUGAGGAAGAUUCCUGGGAGCUGUCGUCGGGUGGCUGAGCCCCAGAGGCUGCAACCCUAGGAGGGCCCUUCGCCUCUCGCGGCUCCUGGGACCAUUUUCUGGCAGGUCUCACUUCCAGGGGUGCAGGUCUCACGUUCCAAGGAGGAAUCCACGCCCGGGUCUCUGGGUGAGUGCGAGGCUGAGGGCCUCAGGCAGGGACCCUGUGAGUCUUAUGUGGUACUUGCAGGACUGUCCUGUCCCUUCUGGGCCUCGGGGUGGGCUGGUGGGGUGACAGGAGGUGCUGGGCUGCCUGGCUGCCUCCUGGGAUCGGGCGAGUCCCCGUCCGGCCUUGCUGGGCCGUCCUGCUGCAGCCCUUGCUGACCCCCCACGCUGCCCGCGGCCUGGCGGACGGGCCAUGUGCUAAUUGAGCGGCGUCUGGGGUGGCCCCGCGCGGCCGCCCUCCCCUCCGCCGCCGCCGGGCCUGCUGCUGCCGCGGAGCCGCCCAGAAGUGAUAGCUAAUUGGGGAGAGAAAGGGCCCGAUUGUCUCCCGCGGCCGGAAGAGCGGCGUGGGCUCUGAAAGCCGGAGGAGGCCGCGCUGCCGCCCCGCAGCUGCCACCCGGAGACGUUUGGGAUUACGUCAGCGCUGGCGGGCAGGGGCCGCGGGGACAGCGCGGGAGGCGGGCUCCCGGAGGCCUCCCGCCCCGGCCCCUGGACAAUGCCGUCAUUGUGGGCGGCUGGAGUGGCUGGUUCAGGAUGAAUGGCGCUCGGGCCUCUUGACCGAGGAGGCUGCUCGCCUCCCGGUCUGUCCUCGCGCCCGCGGGGAGGCCCCGGCUGGAGUCUGGUGGGAAGGGAGCCUGCCUGGGGGGCUGCAGACGCCGGGAGGGUCCCCGGCAGGGCCGCGGCCCCGGGCAGCUGCGGCGCCCUCCCGGCAUGGCCUCCUGGCUGGGGGCCGGCUGGGGCCCCGACCCGCUGGUGGCCCUGCUGGUGCUCAUCCUGCUGCUGCGCUUCCUCCUGUGGUCCUGCCUGGGGACCCACCUCGACCGCAGGCUGGCCCCGCGGCAACCCCGCAGACCCAAGCGGGACUAGGCCUCCCGCCGGGCUGCCGGCCAGAGGCGGCCGUCCCCUCCGAGGACACACAGCCACAGGGCGGCCUUGGCCUUGCCGGAGGUGCAGUGGCUGGGACUUCGCCUGCUGGUGACUCUGGGGCACGCGCCCUCCACCCCACCCAGGUGUCCAGCUGAUGGGGUGGCUGGCGCCAGCCCUGUACCCGCCGGGCGGAAGCCAGCCGGCUGACCGCUGCCACCUGCCUGCGAUGGGCUCCGGUCCCCUCAGGGCGAGGUUCCUAGGGAGGGUCUGCCCUGGGCUUCCCGCACCUCCGGCGAGGCCGAGCCCAGGGCUGGGGAGACACAGGGCCACCAUGACCUUGCUGCUGGUCGGCCCUGCCCGCGUCACCUGCGUCCCCAGUGGGCCACCUCCCGCCUCCCAAGGGACCAGGUGCGUGGGGUCUUCCUCAGCUGCCCAGCACAGCCCUGUGGGAAGGGGCUCCGGACAGCCUGAGCCCUGAGUCCAAACUGGCCCUGCCCAGAGUGUGGCCUCUCCACAGCGUCCCCACGCCUCGCGCCGGCCCUGCCUCCCUCGCAGCAGCCAUCCCGAGGGUCCUUAGAGCCGUGGCAGGAAAGCCCCCACCUGCCGCGUCCAGGCACAGGGGCGUGGGCUUAGCGACCCAGCCGGGGGCCAUCUGUGCUGAGAGUCACCAGGGAAGGUGGCAGGGACACCGAUUUAGGGCCAGAACACGGCACCAUUUCCCCAGCCCGCGAGCCGGGAUGCCUGCCAACCCGACGGUCAGCGCGGGGAGCCCCACGUCCCACCCUCCCACGUUCUCAUGGCCUGGGGCGAUUGUGGCAGUCGCCACCCCAGCUCUGCCCUGGCCAGCUGACCACCCUCGGGGGGUACGGCUGGGAACCUGCCUUUCCUAGGACUGUCCAGCAGAUUCUGGGUCCCAGACCAUGGACGCAGGAGAGGGAAGAGCGAGCAGGAGCUCCGAGGAGAAGGACCGGGCCAGUCGGCGCUCUGGCUGGCGGGGGCCCCAGCCGCUGCGGCACCUGGCUCCCUGGACACGGUGGAGCGUGACGGACGCCCUCGGGAACCCGAGUCACGCCGUGGGCAGGAGGCCUGCAGCGCGGUGACUCCUGUGCAUUCCCGAGGAUCCCGGGGCGCCUGUCAGGAGAGGCCUCCAGUGGCCGUUAAAGGGGCCGCAGUCGCCUGGUUUCCUGUGGGCCAGUGGACACUCGGGGGUGGCCGUGGGGGGAGCCCUGGCUGAAGGACUCACAGGGAGUGCCAGGGAUGGGGUCUCUGCUGUCCUUGUCUCCCGAUCAACUCUCCCGAGCCUGGAAGGCCUUGUUUAGCUCCACGGGACCCGGGAACCCAAGAGGACCAAGGGAUGGGGCAGUGGAAGGGAGGGAGUUCCAGGUGGGGGCUGUGGGGGACAGUGUGAGCAGACGGAGCUGAGGAGCCUUCUCCCUGGGGCCCUGUCCCCUGUGCCAUGGACGGUUUGUCUCAGGUCGCUGGGGCUCUGCCUGGUUCUUGUCACCUGAGCUGGGAAGGGACACUGCCAUCGCUGUCAGGAAGCAUGACCCAGUCCCCUCUGACGUCACCCUGGGAUCGUAUCCAUCUCCGGAAGCACAGCCCCUGUGUGGCUCUGGCGGGUGGAGGUGGGCGCCCGCGGUGCUGGUUGGCACGGCCGCCCCGACUGGAGGCUGGAGCCCCGAGAGGCAGCUCUCGGCCUCGUGAGGCUCUCUGCUCCUCGUGGUCUGAAGAGCGGCGGGCUGGGGCGCUUGCUGGGGCUGCGGGAGGUGACGCCCUGCUCUGGUGGGCCGUCGGGGGGACCGCAGCCUGGGCCCCAGCCAGGAAGGGCCCCGCCUGCCUCCGCUGACCCCCAGCUCAGUGCUGUGGGCCGAAGACUUCCUUCCCUCCUCUUGAAGCCAUUUAUACUGGCUUCUUGAACUGGCCACCGAGAAGAUUCUGGCCAACUCUGGCCCCUGCCUGCAUUUGGGACACCUGCAGCCCCGUGACUCUGCCCGGCUCAGGCCCUCAGGCAACCGUAGGAACUUGGGCCGUGCCCUGGGCUCAGGCAGCCACCGUACCAGUCGUGACAAUGGGCCACUGGACAAUGGUGGCUGAGAAAGAGGCUUAUAUUUCCUCUAGUUUUCAUUUUACACAUAGCCAGACAUCUGGCCCUUAAUCCCAGGCUGUGGCGUGGCAGCUUGUGACUUACCAAGGAUUCGGGCUGUGCUUUGGUUCUGCUCUGCCAUGCUUACUUAGCAUGUGGCUUUCAUCCUCAUGUGUACAAGAAGGCUGCUGCUACUCCAGGCACCUUACAUGAGUUCUAGGCAGGGAGAGAAAGGAAAGGGCAAUAGGGAUGGAAAGCAACCCCCAGUAUCUCAUCGGACAGAAUGAGGUCAUGUGGCACUUCUAGAGGAGGAGGUGGCUGAGGAGUGGCAUGUUAGCUGUGCUCGCUGUCACCCUAACAUGGGGCCUCUGUUUUGAAGGAAGCCAGGCCAUGUGGUGUCAGUGGGCCCUGGCACUGGCGCCUUGGCCGCUCUGCGUGAUCCCAGGCUCAUUCCACGUGAUGCCAGUCUUUUCCUGCACAAGUUUGGCACUUGUGUGUCCUGGGCACCCUCAGGUGCUGGGUUUGCCUUUGUCUGACCUUCAGGCUGGGGCCUCCAUGGCUGGCCGUGGCUCCCGAUGUGUCCCAGUGAGAGGCCUGAGCCCGAGACGGAAGCCGCCUCCUUGGAUACACAGGAUGCUCCUCUGCUCAGAGCUGGCAGUGACCCUGGGCUGUGGCCUGUGGGAGGAGGGCGGGAGGCUGAGGGCCUGGGACUGAGGUGGCAGCAGGUGCACAGGGGACCACCCUAUGGGGCCAUCAGUCCCCAGAACAUGCUGAAGCCUGGUCCCGGGACGGUGGCAUGUGGCUGAGUGGGAGACUAGGCCUUUGAAGAGGUGAUGAAGGUAGGUGAGGUCAGAUGGGCUGGGCCCUCCUUCCAUGUGACCUGUGUCCUUGUAAGAGGAGAUUAGACACGGCCGUGUGCAUGCACAAGGACCACGUGACGACCCAGCAAGAAGACUCGGCACCAGGGCACGGAGAGGCCCCCAAAGAGCCCUGACCUCGGACUUCUGUCUGUGUCGAGCCGCCUGCCUGCAGUGCUGACCAACAGCCACACACGUAGACGCUGGCCUGGCACGUCUCUCCCAGCGCUUCCAGCGUGGGAGGACCAUGGGCCCAUGUUGGGUCAGACGAGUCGCCUGCUCCCAGGUGCCUCCUGCGAGGUAAGGAUGGAGAGAUGGAGAUGGACGCCAGCCACGAUGAGGCCAUGUGGCGGCUGCACACUAAAAACCGGCCAGUGCGAAUCGAGAUCUGCUACCAGCGUCCAGCGCAUCCCAGCCAUCGAAGACUUGGAACAGACACAAAUCUCAUGAGUGACGGUUCUGUGAUUGAUUAUGCAUCAAAAUGACAGCAUCUUGGAAUAUUGAUUUGAAUAAAAUAUUUAAG